ACAAGGCUACUGACCAAAAACUAUUUCAGUUACAAGAUAUCUGUAUUCUACCACAAUGUUUACACAGUACAAAUCAAUCUACAACAAACGUCAUUGUAAACUUCCGGAAGGCAACAAAGAAAGAAAUGUUUUGCAAUGGCUCUUUCUGCUAUUUCACAUUGGACAAGAUCACUGUUAAAGAAGCUCUUCCCAGGCCCUAGAAACCCACUCCUUGUGGAAAGAAGUCCCUAUGAAGUCCCUUUACCUCGAGUCAAGCAUAGAACAGUCACAGAAGAAGAGAUAGGAGACAGAGAAAUUGUUAUACUUGGUGACAUCCAUGGCUGCUAUGAUGAACUGUGUUUGCUCUUACAGAGAUGCAAUGGACGUGAUCCAAACAAGCUCAUUAUGUGUGUAGGAGAUUUAGUGAACAAGGGACCAGGCAGCCUCCAAGUUGUGAGGCUCAUGCAUCAACUGGGAGCUCUCACCGUUCGAGGAAACCAUGACGAAGUGUGCCUCCAAGAAUGGCUGAUAAGUCAACAAGACACUGAGCGCACAUUACCGAAAGAGUUCAGAUGGAUGAGUCACCUCACAAGCGAAGAGCUGGAAUGGCUGUCAGAGCUACCCUAUACCAUUUGUAUACCCUCGAGAAACAUCGUAAUCGUACAUGCAGGACUUGUACCCGAAGUGCCAUAAGACCAAAGCCCCGACAUCAUGCUGCAUGUACGAGACUUGAAGUACGACGUCGAGUCCUCGCAGUGGAGUGCGUGUAGACAAGUUGAACCUGACAGCAAGCCAUGGGCUAGCCAAUGGCCUGGACCAAGUCAUGUGUAUUUUGGCCACGAUGCCCGGAGAUCUUAUCAGAGCUACGAAUUUGCAACAGGAUUGGACACGGCAUGUGUGUAUGGAUGCAAGCUAACGGCAGUGUACCCGUGUGACAAUGGGAGACUCGUGGAGGUGGAGGCCAUAGGAGUGCCAAGAAACAGACCUGAACUUGAACCAACUGUAUAGCAGGAGAUUACUGCUUUUUUGUGUUCUUUUUAUUCAUGCUGAUUUUUUAUUACUACUGUGGGGUUUCAAUUUAUUCGUGAUCAUUAUUAUUAUUAGAAAGACAAAA